UCGCAAUCCGCUUGCCAGGCGGUAUAUAAGGCUUGAGCCUUCCCCGGGCCGUCAUUAGAGAUGUGAUCUUUAACAGACAGGCGCACCGCGCUCGAGAUUAAUUCUUACAGAUUUCCGCAGGCACUCCGGGACGAGAAAAAGACCAUCAACAUGGUGAUCCUUACAACCGAGCAGAAGAUGCAAGUGAUGGAGCGGAGAGACAACAUCCGCAACAUCUCCGUCAUCGCCCACGUCGACCACGGCAAGACGACCUUGACCGACUCCCUGCUAGCACGUGCAGGGGUGAUCUCAGGAACACAGGCGGGGGAAAAACACGCGACAGAUACACGGGCUGAUGAACAGGAAAAGGGCAUCACCAUCAAGUCAACCGCCAUUUCCCUGUUUUAUGAUGUCGACGUGGACACGAUGUCGCAUGUGCCGGGUGUGAACGCUGAUGCUGACAACUUGUUUGUAGUCAACCUCAUCGACUCCCCUGGUCACGUGGACUUCUCAUCUGAAGUGACGGCAGCGCUCCGCAUCACCGACGGCGCAAUGGUCGUGGUCGACUGCAUCAGUGGUGUGUGUGUCCAGACUGAGACUGUCCUGAGGCAGGCGUUGGUGGAGCGGAUCAAGCCGGUGUUGAUGAUGAACAAGCUGGACCGCGCGUUCUUCGAGACGCAGCUGGCACCGGAAGAACUGUACCAGACGCUCAGGAAGAUUGUUGAGGAUGUCAACGUCAUCCUUGCAACCUAUGAAGACUCCAUGUCCACCAUGGGCGAUAUAAUGUUGAGUCCUGCCAAGGGCAACGUCUCCAUGGGCUCCGGUCUGCAGGGCUGGGGCUUCAACCUGCGGCAGUUCGCCCGGAUGUACGCCAAGAAGUUCGGUGUUAAGGAGGAGAAGAUGAUGUCCCGCCUGUGGGGAGCAAACUUCUACGACCCCACGACGAAGAGGUGGCGCGCCGCAAAGGGAGAGAAUGGAGAGAGGGGUUUUAACAAGUUCGUGGUGGAGCCCUUGUUCAAGGUUCUGUCCUUGGCAAAGGCUGGAGACAAGGAGCAGACGAGAAGUCUUCUGGAGAAGCUUGGCGUGAAUGUCAAGGCCGAAGACAUGGAUCGGGAGGGCAAGGAGUUCAUGCGUGGCAUGAUGAAGAAGUGGCUGCCGGCCGCUGACGCAAUGCUGGACAUGAUCCUCACCCACCUGCCGUCCCCCGUGACCGCUCAGAGAUACAGGACGGCAGUGCUCUAUGAAGGGCCCCAGGAUGAUGUUGUGGCGCUGGGAAUGAAAAACUGCGACCCCGAGGCACCCCUGAUGCUGUAUGUCUCCAAGAUGGUCCCGUCAACGGACAAGGGCCGCUUCUACGCCAUCGGCAGGGUGUUCUCCGGCCGGGCCUUCACAGGACAAAAGGUCCGCAUAAUGGGCCCCAACUAUAGCCCUAACGUUGAGAAGAAGACAGAUUUCUACGACAAGAACAUUGCCAGCACGGCCAUAAUGAUGGGUGGGACUGUCCUCCGCGUGGACAGUGUUCAGUGCGGCAAUCUGGUGGGAUUGGUCGGCAUUGACAAGUACCUACUGAAGACAGGCACCGUAACUACCUACAUGCAGGCCCACCAACUCAAGGUUCUGAAGUUUUCCGUGAGCCCGGUGGUGCGCGUGGCGGUGGACGUGGUGAACCCGGCCGACCUGCCCCGCCUGGUGGAGGGGCUGAAGCGGCUGUCCAAGGCCGACCCUAUGGUGCAGUGCAUCUCGGAGGAGGGGCAACACAUCGUGGCAGGGGCCGGGGAGCUCCACCUGGAGAUCUGCCUCCAGGACCUGGAGAAGGACCACGCGUGUGUCCCUAUCACGAAAUCCGACCCUGUUGUAAGCUACCGCGAGACGGUGACCGCCGAGUCCGACAGAGUGUGCCUGGCCAAAUCCUCCAACAAGCUGUGCCGGCUGUACAUGACUGCAGGGCCGAUGCCGGGAGGACUUGCUGAAGAGAUUGACGAGAACACAGUGACAGCAGUCCAGGACAGCAAGGAACGUGCGCGUUAUCUUGCCGACCAUUUCGACUUUGAUUUGAACCAGGGAAGGAAAAUCUGGAGUUUCGGCCCCGCCGGAAGUGGUCCCAACAUGCUGGUGGACAAGUCUCGAGCAGUGCAGUACUUGCAAGACAUCCGGGAUAGCGUGGUAGCUGGCUUCCAGUGGGGGUCCUCAGAGGGUGUUCUCUGUGAAGAGACGGUACGUGGCGUCCAGUACAACAUCGUGGACGCCAACAUCCAUCGUGACCCAAGUCACAGACGUGGAGGUCAGAUCAUCCCUGCCACCAGACGAUGCAUGAUGGCCGCCAUGUUGACAGCCAAACCGAGGCUGUUGGAGCCCGUGUUUCUCGUCAGUAUCGAGUGUAACGAGACAGUAGCUGGGUCUGUUUUCAAUGUGCUAGCCAAGAGACGAGGUCUGAUUAUUGAAGAGACCCAUCAUCCGGGCAAUCCUAUGUGCACCAUCAAAGCACACUUGCCGGUCAACGAGUCUUUUGGUUUCACCAGUGCGUUGAGGGCCCAGACAGGUGGUCAAGCAUUCCCACAAUGCCUGUUUGACCACUGGCAACUACUACCGGGUGACCCCACUGAUCCAAUGUCACGGGCUGGACAGGAAGUGGUGGACAUUCGCUCGAGGAAACAGAUGACCACCUCGAUACCACCUCUUGAGAACUAUUUCGACAAACUUUAAACACCUAAAUAAUUUGGUCACAUUUAAAGCAGUUGGGGAACAGUUUGAGAGAUUUUCACCUUCGUUUUCAUGAUUUAUUUCCAAAAGGUUUUAGGGACCGGGCGUUUAAUAUUUUUUGGGAAUCCGGAGAGGGUAAAAAUAAACACCAUAGUCUCUUUGGGAGGGUCAUAAAAAAUAUACAUAUUAAGGGUGGGUCAUGAAAAAAAUGUACAAGGGCAAGGGGAAGGUCAUCCAUAAAUAUCACAAGCAUUAGGGGAGGGUCAUUAUUUUCAGUACAUUAGUGCACCAAAAGCCUCUUGCUCAACAUCCCCCCCGAAUAAUAAAUGAUCGGUCCCUUAUCGUUGUAUUCGUGACCAACUCGUGUCAUUUGCAGGUUACGGAAAGGGGCUAGUGGUGACCAAUGUUAUCGUUGUACAUGCACGUACGCGUGUAUCAUGAAUAAUUUGUGAUCGAUAAGUUUUCUUCUUUGACUUCUUUAAGAUACAUGUUUAAGCAGAAUAGAAGAAGGAAAACUGGACGAUCUAUUGAGAAACAUGCGGUUUAACGAGAAUGUUUACAUCGCUAUAUAAAUUAAAACAUGACAUUUCAGUUUAAUUCUCUUCCGAUUUUUGCAUUUUUCGUUGGAACUGAUUCCUGUUAUGAGUUGUGUUCUAGCAUGAGUGUUCAUGCACCAACUUCCUUGUAUGAAGAGAAACUUUAUGAUGUUGUGUCUUAUGUUAUUUGUAACUGUUCCUCACUGUGAAUGAGACCUGAUUGUUCUACCAGAAAGUAUACAGUCCACGUUGGGAAUUUAUUGGAAUAGAUACAUUGACAAGUAAAUCAAGAAAAUAAAACCGAUAUUAACAUUA